GUGGCAACUAAAAGCAGGAGGUACAGCGGGGGGGACAGGGCCUUCAUUCAGUCGGAGGUGCAGCGGCUGCUCAGGGAGGGGAUCAUUGAGCCAAGCUCCAGCCCUUGGAGGGCCCAGGUGGUCGUUGUUCGGACUGGGCAGAAAAAUAGGAUGGUGGUGGACUAUAGUCAAACCAUCAAUCGGUUUACGCAGCUUGACGCAUACCCCCUACCCCGCAUCACGGAUAUGGUCAACCAGAUUGCUCAGUAUAAGGUGUACUCGACAAUAGAUCUGAAAUCCGCUUAUCACCAGCUCCCCAUCUGCCCAGAGGACCGCCCCUACACCGCCUUCGAGGCGGGCGGCAGGCUCUAUCACUUCCUGCGCGUCCCUUUCGGUGUCACGAAUGGUGUCUCUGACUUCCAGAGGGAAAUGGACCGGAUGGUGGACCAGUACCAACUGCAGGCCACAUUUCCCUAUCUGGAUAACAUCACCAUCUGUGGUCACGACAGGCCAGAUCACGACGCCAACCUCCAACGAUUUCUCCAAGUGGCCGCAGCUCUGAACCUUACUUAUAACAGGGACAAGUGUGUGUUUGGUACCACCCGCCUUGCUAUACUUGGGUAUGUCGUGGAAAACGGGGUUAUUGGCCCUGAUCCCGAACGUAUGCGCCCCCUGUUAGAACUCCCUCUUCCCACCACUCUCAAGGCCCUCAGACGGUGCCUGGGUUUUUUUUCCUAUUACGCCCAAUGGGUCCCCCAUUACGCAGACAAGGCUCGCCCCCUGGUCAAGUCUACCUCGUUUCCCCUCUCUGCUGAGGCCUGCGCGGCCUUCGACUGCAUUAAAGCGGACAUUGCCAAAGCUACGAUGCAUGCAGUGGACGAGACCGCUCCCUUCCAAGUGGAGUGUGAUGCCUCCGAUUUCGCUCUGGCUGCUACCCUCAAUCAGGAAGGCAGACCAGUAGCAUUCUUUUCUCGCACCCUCCAAGGCUCCGAAAUUCGGCACUCCGCGGUGGAGAAAGAAGCCCAGGCCAUAGUGGAGGCUGUUAGGCACUGGAGGCACUAUCUUGCUGGCAAAAGGUUCACCUUGCUGACCGACCAGCGCUCGGUUGCGUUCCUGUUCAGCAACCAACAGCGGGGCAAAAUCAAAAAUGAUAAGAUUCUGCGGUGGAGGAUAGAACUCUCCACCUACACCUAUGAUAUCCUGUACCGGCCUGGAAGGCUCAAUGAGCCCCCUGAUGCCCUAUCCCGGGGAACAUGUGCUAGCACACAGCUCGGCCAGCUGUACACCCUUCAUGCACAACUUUGCCAUCCGGGGGUCACCCGAUUUUACCAUUUUGUGAAAGCUCGGAACCUGCCAUACUCCCUGGAGGACAUCAGGAUGAUGACCAGGGACUGCCAAAUUUGCGCUGAGUGCAAACCGCACUUCUACCGUCCUGACACGGCACAACUUGUCAAGGCCACCCGCCCUUUUGAACGACUGAGUGUUGACUUUAAGGGCCCCCUUCCCUCCACUGACCGCAAUGUCUAUUUUCUCAGUGUUAUAGACGAGUACUCACGGUUCCCCUUUGCCAUCCCCUGCCCCGACACCACUGCCACGUCCGUCAUAAACGCCUUGCGCCAGCUCUUCACUCUGUUCGGGUAUCCCUGCUAUAUCCACAGUGAUAGAGGGUCCUCCUUUAUGAGUGAGGAGCUGCGCCAGUACUUGCUAGCUAGGGGCAUUGCUACUAGUCGGACCACGAGUUAUAAUCCCCGGGGUAAUGGCCAGGUGGAGCAGGAGAAUGCCACAGUGUGUAAGGCCACACUUUUAGCCCUUAAGUCAAAAGGGUUGCCGGUCUCUCGAUGGCAGGAGGUCCUCCCUGAGGCACUGCACUCUAUCCGCUCCCUGUUAUGUACGUCCACCAAUGCCACCCCUCACGAACGCCUAUUCUCUUUUCCCAGGAAGUCUGUCACUGGGACCACCCUACCAGUUUGGCUGACGUCCCCGGGGCCAGUGCUGCUCCGGAAACAUGUGAGGAGCAAUAAAUACUCCCUGCUGGUAGAGAGGGUUCACCUUCUACAUGCGAACCCCCAGUAUGCUUACGUGGUCUUACCUGAUGGGCGGGAGGACACGGUCUCCAUCCGCGACCUGGCACCCGCAGGUGCAGCAGACCACUACCCUGAAGGCUCUCCGGUAACUAUGAACCCUGCACCAGAGGUGACACUGUGCUCACCGAGCCCUACACAGACUCCUCACGACACUUGUAUACCGGGCGUUUCGUACGCAUUUAUACCAGGCAUGCGGGAUCACCGGCGCCUAGUGGGCAAGAACAAGCACAACCUCCGUCCCCUGUGCAAUCACCAAUGUUGCUGGCAUCUAUGCGGUCACAGCCGGUGCUACGUAGAUCGCAGCGACAGAUUCGACCACCUGAUAGACUUGACUUGUAAGAACUUCGCCACAUGGGACUGUCUUCAAAGUAAACAAAGUUGUGGGAAGUUGAUAAAGUUUGAUGUCAGAACAUCUUUCAAGAGGGUGACACCUUGCAAGGCAAUGGACCCCAAUGAUGUAUCCAAUAGGUUCUCUGAAAGCAUGAACAGAAACAAAGUAGCAACCGAACAAGACGAGAGACGAACAAUGUUCGAACGAGUUCUGGAGAGAGAACUUUCAGGUUUUCCCAAUCCGCAUUUGGUUGAAUCCGUACAUGGGGAACCCACGGAUAAGGAGGGCCAACUGUAUGAGAAAGAACUGAUUGAAACCGUGUUAAUCAUUCACAACCUGCCACCCCAAAUCAGAAAGCCAACAGAUGAAUGA